UGGUAUAAAAGGGAGAUGAAAAUCCACAGUAAAUUAUCAUAAAAUUGUUCCCAGUUGAGUUACAAUUGAAUUUAACGUGAAAUCAAUCUCAAUCAAAAUGAUGCGUUUACUUGUUGUUGCUUCACUCCUAAUCCUUCCAUCUUUCAUCGUCUCCGGCGAUGAAAUCGCUAACAGUGGUGCUGUUACUGAAGCAAUCCCAUUGCUACUCUGGGCUGCUGCUGACCCUAAAGAGGACUGUCAAGCAGCUAAGAUUGACGCAGCUAAGUUUUAUCAGUUUACUGAGAAGUAUCGAGACGAGUUUCUUAAGUACUACAACUCACUCAACAUCAUUGGUGCAACUAAAUUUUUAAAGGAUCAUGCUGAUGAAUCUGGUACUAAAGGAGUCAAUUGGGUUCUUGUUUUCGGUAAGAUUCUUGAAAAGAAAGUAACUGGACAGAGUGAGGAAAAGGAACACGGACUUCCAUCUCUUGUUGCUUGGGCUGUUCGAAACACUGGACCUGGAACUAAAUUGACUUCAGUUAAGCGAGAAACUUUAGUCUCUUUCCUUUUGGCCCACAAAACUGAUAUCUUGAAGUACCAACAUGCUGGUGAUGUUGAUGGUUUAGUCAAGUUCCUUGAAUCAACCAAAGCUGAAUCAACUUCUACUGAUGUCGACUGGAAAACUGUCAUCAAUGAGCUCAAGGAUAACCGACAAUUGUUCAAGUCUCGAUGUGGUCUUUUAAAGCUUCGAUUAUGUAACAAUAUCAAACAAUAAUUUGAUUCAAUUCCCGAAACAAUGUCAGUUUAUAAGCAUAUCGGUAAUGCUGAAUAAAGAUUUUAUUUAAAGCAAUUUCAA